AUGAAGCUCAGCUCUGUCUCUCUCUUCAGUGCAGCAGUCGGACUCGCCUCUGCGAGCCCUGUUCAUAAACGCGCUGGCGUCACUGACGCUGAUAUCCUGAACUAUGCUCUGACCCUGGAGCAUCUGGAGGCCGCAUUCUACGAGGAGGGUCUGAAGAACUAUACCCACGAUGACUUCACGAAGGCUGGAAUGAAGGACCCCUUCUACAGCAACCUGAAAAUGGUCGCGAUGGAUGAGCAGACCCACGUCCAGUUUCUGACGCAAGCUCUGACAGCGGCCGGAGCUCAGCCGGUGGCAAAAUGCAACUACUCUUUCCCUGCCACCGAUGUGAAGAGCUUCCUUGCUCUCGGAAGCGUUUUGGAAGGUGUCGGAGUCAGUGCCUACCUCGGUGCUGCUGCCUCCAUCAUGAACGAUACCUACCUUACCGCCGCCGGAAGCAUCUUGACCGUCGAGGCUCGUCACAGUGCCUAUCUGCGUGCUGCGCUUGGAGAGGCUCCUUCCCCUCAGGCCUUUGACGACCCUCUUGGCUUGAACGAAGUUUACACGGUCGCAUCGCCCUUCAUUGCCUCUUGUCCGUCCAGCAACCAGAAGCUGCCUGUGAAGGCCUUUCCGUCCCUCACGAUGAGCUCUAUGACCGGCUCCAAAGUCGAUUUGAUGGCUGGCCCUGGCUUCAACAUGGACAACACCACUGGCCUCUACGCAGCCUUUAUCACAGUCACCGGUCCUAUCUGGGCUCAGCUUACUCCCAAGGGCGAUGGAAAGUUCAGUGCCACCAUCCCCGAGGGUGUGAGUGGCCAGAGCUACGUCGUCCUCACCAAGGGCAACAGCCAGGCUACCGAUGACAACAUUGUCGCUGGGCCCGCUAUCGUUGAGGUCGCUACCUCCACGUCAAGCAUGGGAGGAGGCAUGAAUAGCACCACCUCCAUGACUUCUAGUUCUCCUUCUAUGAGCAUGAGUGGGUCUGCUACCCCUACCCCUACCUACAACGCAGCUCCGGGUAUGGCUCCUAGAAGCCUUGUUGGCGUUCUUGCUGGUUUCGUUGGUGCGAUGGGACUUUUCCUCUAA